AUGACGGACCCCGAUACGACGCCGUAUGUAGCUGUAGAAAAGGAUGCUUCUACACUUUACUUCUUUCUCAGAUUGAGAGAUGUCAGUCUGACAAAUAUGAAAUAUCUGGGCACAACUACUAGUAUUUUCUCUCAUAACUCCCGGCAAAUAGCAGUGGUGAUGGGACAAUCAUCAUCACCAUCACCACCACCAGUGCGUCACUCCAACUUUUCUCAUUCUUCCCCAAAGCCAUUGUCCAGGUGGUGGCCAUGUAAAGGAACGGUUAACUGCUGUUUGGACAACGGUUUUGUGCGAAAAGCGGAGUUGAGACAAGUAUUGUCUGGUGUUGGUGCAUCGAUUAUCAUUCUCUCACAAACUAACCUGGCUGUUGCAGCAGAUCUAUGUCAGAGUAACAGUAUAUAUCAGCUGGCCAGUGCUAUAGACAAUUAUCCAUCUCUACCGGUAGAAAAGAAUGAAAAUGUUGGGAAUAUGAUGAUGAUGAGAGGUAUGACGGCGAAGAACUUUGACCCCGUCAGAUACUCUGGAAGGUGGUAUGAAGUCGCUUCACUUAAACGUGGAUUUGCCGGACAAGGUCAAGAAGAUUGCCAUUGCACCCAGGGCGUUUAUACACUUGAUACGAAAACUCCAGCCAUUCAGGUUGAUACCUUCUGUGUCCAUGGAGGACCUGAUGGCUAUAUAACAGGUAUAAGGGGAAGGGUUCAAUGUCUUUCUGAGGAAGAUUUGGAGCAAAAAGAAACUGACCUAGAAAGGAGGGAAAUGAUCAGGGAGAAGUGUUAUCUUCGAUUUCCUACGCUCCCAUUCAUUCCUAAGGAGCCCUAUGAUGUGAUUGCCACUGAUUAUGACAAUUUCGCACUAGUUUCCGGGGCCAAAGAUACAAGUUUUGUUCAGAUCUACUCAAGGACACCUAACCCAGGUCCAGAAUUCAUCGAGAAGUACAAAGCAUACUUGGGAAACCUGGGUUAUGAUGCAACCAAAAUCAAGGACACUCCACAGGAUUGUGAAGUGAUUUCUAACAGUAAGCUUGCAGCCAUGAUGUCGAUGCAGGGGAUGCAGCAAGCUCUAACCAACCAAUUUCCUGAUUUAGAAUUGAAUGCUCCUAUAGCAUUUAACCCAUUUACAAAUGUAUUUGACACUCUUAAAAAGCUUAUUCAGCUUUAUUUCAAGUAG